CCCGGUACGGUUAUCUUCAAGAACCAACUAUGCACGAGGAAUAAUGAAUCACGACAUGUGUCAUCCAUAGGUUGAGAUAUAUUUUGUGAGCUACACCAAUUCUAGUAAAUUAAUCGUUGCUCUUCAAGAACCUAUGACAGAAUGUGAUAUGAUGGGUCAGUGCACGAAUCAAUGCGAUCAGAUAUUAGUCAUCAAGACUGAGACCAAACUGCCGAUAGAGCUCAGAAACAGUCGUGCCUUGGACUUCAGCCAGUUUGCCCAGCAGGAGCUGCCCGGCAUCUUUGAUCUCAUUGUACUCAUGGAGGUGCUCAAUGUACUGCUGGAGCUCGUCCUCACUGUACUCCUGAGACAGUUCCUCAAUCUCAGCCUCGUUAGCUCGUAUCUGCUCCUUGAGUCUUGCUAUAUCAGCUCUGAGGCUCUCCUCAGUCUCUGCCGUCACUCUGACUGUGUUGGAUUGAGUGCUGCGUGACCGAACGGGCGUGAGGGAAUAUGGCUUAUGUCUCGCCGAGCCAGUGACACCUGAGCUGGGUGGUGUGGCCUUGAUUGACUGCUGUGCUGUUGGGAUUUUACUACUAGAGCUGUUGCCUGUUGGUGUACUGACAGAGGUAGUGUCUGUGGAUGAGGUGGGUGAUGUUCUGAGAGGAGACUUGAAGGCUGCAUGGACUUUAGAGGAGGAGGCUGAGAGUCUUCGAUGAGGUGGUCUGAAGGUAGUUCUCUGGGCUGGGUCUCUGGCUGGAGUAGUCACUGCUCCUGUGAGGGGAUCUGGGCCCGCAGUGGAUGUAGGAGAGGGCAACACUUCAAGACCUGCAGCGCUCUCUUGGCCACUCAUCAUGCGCGCUUACUUCUGAGCUGGGAUUUCUGCGCAGGUGUAUGACGUAACCAUAUUUCUCCGUAAUCUCCGAAAAAAACGGCCUUGUGACGUGGCGUCCAGCGUGGCGACCGAAGCUAGUGCAGGGCGCAGUCAGUGCUUGCAGCUAUAUAGCAUCGUUUGGUGAGCCGUUGCCCGUUUUGCUCCUCAUCGCCUGUGUUGGAAGAUCGCUGGGAAGUAGCGAGGAAAACCAUGUUGAUAAAGUUUGAAAGCAAAUCUCAUCGGGUCAAAGGACUGUCGUUCCAUCCGUCUCGACCCUGGAUCUUGGCCAGUCUCCACAAUGGAGUCAUCCAGCUCUGGGACUACCGCAUGUGCACACUCAUCGACAGAUACGAUGAACACGACGGUCCAGUGAGAGGGAUAGACUUCCACAGCAACCAGCCACUGUUUGUGUCUGGUGGAGACGACUACAAGAUCAAGGUGUGGAACUACAAGCAGAAGCGCUGUCUCUUCACUCUGCUCGGUCAUCUCGACUACAUCCGUACCACCUUCUUCCAUAAGGAGUAUCCGUGGGUUAUCAGUGCGUCGGACGACCAGACCAUUCGCAUCUGGAACUGGCAGUCUCGAACCUGCAUCUCUGUUCUGACGGGGCACAACCACUAUGUGAUGUGUGCCCAGUUCCAUGCCACGGAAGACCUGGUGGCCUCAGCCUCUCUCGACCAGACCAUCCGAAUCUGGGACAUCUCUGGUCUGCGUAAGAAGACGGUGGCCCCGGGAGCUAGUGGUCUGGACGACCAUCUCCGGAGCUCUGGGUCCACCGACCUGUUUGGCUCUGCUGAUGCCAUUGUCAAACAUCUCCUCGAGGGACACGACCGAGGAGUCAACUGGGUCUCCUUCCACCCAACCCUCCCUCUCCUGGUCUCGGCCUCUGACGACAGACAGAUCAAACUGUGGAGGAUGAACGAUGCCAAGGCAUGGGAGGUGGACACCUGUAGAGGUCACUAUAACAACGUGUCGUGUGCCAUGUUCCACCCGAGACAGGAGCUCAUCGUCAGCAACUCUGAGGACCGCAGCAUCCGAUUCUGGGACCUCACCAAACGAUCUGGUAUCCACACGUUUCGCCGGGACUCGGACAGGUUCUGGAUAGUAGCUGCCCACCCCACUCUCAAUGUCUUUGCAGCAGGUCACGACAAUGGGAUGAUGGUGUUCAAGAUGGAGCGGGAGCGACCGGCCUUCACCGUCCACCAGAACACACUCUACUAUGUCAAGGAUAGGUUCCUGAGGAAAUACGAGUUUGGCACUUCCAAAGAUGUCCCUGUCAUGGCCAUUAGGAGGGCUGGAGGCUCAUAUCGUGCUGCUCCUCAUCUCCUGGCGUACAACGCAGCCGAGAAGGCCGUCCUCCUCUGCUCUAAUACUACGUCAUCUGAGAAUGCCUUCUACGAGCUGUUCACCAUGCCCAAGAACCCUGACCCCUCCAAUCCCGAGUUUGUGGAGGGGAAGCGUUCAUCGGGUCUGACUGCCGUCUGGCUGGCCAGGAACAGAUUUGCAGUCCUGGACAAGACACACCAGCUGAUAGUCAAGAACCUCAGUAACGAGGUGACCAAGAAGGUCCAGUGUCCACCAUGUGAGAGCGUCUUCUAUGCCGGGACGGGUCAUCUGCUCCUCAAGGAGGCUGACACUGUCAAACUCUUUGAUGUCCAGCAAAAGAGGACACUGAGCAGUGUUAGAGUGGCCAAGGCAAAGUACGUGGUCUGGUCUCAGGACAUGAGCCAUGUGGCCAUCCUCGGGAGGAACGCCGUGGUGAGAGGGGACACGCGAUACAUUUGCCUGGACAAGAGACGCACAAAGAGACGCGGGCGCUCUCGUGGCUCGACACCCCACAGCAGUACAGUGUUGCACAUGGUGCGGAGUGCCAAGCUGGUGGGCCAGAGUAUCAUAGCCUAUCUCCAGCAGAAAGGCUACCCCGAGGUGGCCCUCCACUUUGUCAAGGACGAGAGAACCAAGUUUGCCCUCGCCCUCGAGUGUGGCAACAUUGAUAUUGUGGAGAUGGCCUACCAGCGCACAAAGAACUUUGAGCGACUAUCGUUCCUCUAUCUCAUCACCGGCAACAUGGAGAAGCUCAAGAAGAUGACAAAAAUUGCUGAGAUCAGGAAGGAUUGUGAGCAGUCAGUACCACAAUGCUCUCUACACUGGAGACGUGACAGAGAGAGCUAUAAACUACUGAGGACUGUUGGUCAGGGUACUGCCAGAGGUCCACCCCAGCUCCAAGCUCCUCCUCCCUCCUCCAGCCAUCAGCCACAAACGUCUCUGGCUGGCCUCUGCUCACUAGGACGUAGGAGGAGGAGGAGGGGGAGCUGUGAGGGAGGGAGGGGAGGAGGGAGAAGGGAGGAGGGAGGGGUGGAGGCUGGGAGUGGAUGUGAUCUCGAUAUUCCGGAGGAUAUUGGUGACGUGGGGCCAGCAACCUCUGAAGGGGAGGGUUACUUUGUUCCUCCCACCAAAGGAUCUCCUCCCUCUCAGGUGUGGGCGACAAAGUCCCAGCUCCCAGGAGACAGUGUGACUGCUGGUGCCUUUGAGAGUGCCAUGAGACUUCUCACAUAUCAAGUUGGAGUGGUUAACUUUGAGCCCUACAAGUCGCUGUUUCUACUGACCUUCAGCCACAGUCGUACGGCCAUUACGGGCAUCCCUCUCCUCCCUCCCCUCCUCACCUACCCACUCAGGAACUGGCAAGAAGCAGGGACAAGGAACGGCCUACCAGCCCUAGGACUGAAACUAGAUUCUCUGGUCACCCGUCUCCAGGGAGCCUACCAGGCCACCACAGGAGGCAAGUUCAGUGAUGCAGUGACCAAGUUCAGAGAGAUACUCCUCUCCCUCUCUCUACUGGUGGUGGACAACAGGUCUGAACUGGAGGAGGGCAACUUUGAGGAACAGAAGAGACAGUGUGAGAUGGCGGCCUACUUCACUCACUGUGAUCUCCAGCCCAUCCAUCUCAUCCUCACUCUUCGAACUGCUCUCAACCUCUUCUACAAGCUAAAGAAUUUCAAAACUGCUGGUUCGUUUGCUCGCCGGCUCUUAGAACUUGGACCCAAGGCUGAGAUAGCUGCACAGACAAGGAAGAUCCUGCAGGCCUGUGACAAAAACCCAACUGAUGCCCACAAACUGCUGUACGAUGAACACAAUCCUUUCUCCGUCUGUGGAGCCAGCCACAAACCCAUCUAUAGGGGCAAGACGCAGGAGAAGUGUCCACUGUGUGGAGCCAGCUACAUGCCUGACUACAAGGGAACAGUCUGCAAGAUUUGUCUGGUAUCAGAGAUAGGGAAGGACAGUAUUGGUCUGCGUAUUAGUGCCAUUCAAUUCCGAUAAACUCUUAUGUAUUAUUGAUUUCUGAACAGUGAAGAUUAUUGGCAGUCUUUCUAUUGCGCCACUACAAAUGUACAUACAUUGUGCUAAGAUGAACUUGGUGUAAUUUAAUUUUCCUGGAAGUGAUACAGUAAUGGCGUAUGACAUAAUGAAAAGUG